AUGGUGAAUUGGAGAAUGAUGGAAUUUCUUGGGAGGGAAUGGCACUUCAUUGAUGUACUGACUUGGAUAGCAGUUAUAUUUUUACACUGCCUUGCUCUUUUGGCCCCAUUUCAGUUCACCUGGGGUGCAUUUUGGCUGUGCGUGGCACUCUAUUUUCUUACGGGUCUAGGUAUAAGUCUAGGUUACCAUAGGAACCUUGCUCACCGGAGUUUAAAACUUCCAAAAUGGCUCGAAUACUUUUUUGCAUAUUGCGGUGCUGUCACACUUCAGGGAAGUCCUGUUGAAUGGGUUAGCACACACAGGUACCAUCACCAGUUCACAGAUACAGAGAAAGACCCUCACAGCCCCAUAUUGGGAAUAUGGUUUAGUCAUAUUGGUUGGAUCUUCAACUAUCGUCUAAGAUUUCACAGUUACGAAAGACGACUAAAGAAUGCUGAUGAUCUAAGACGGCAGGCUUAUUAUAGAUUUCUCCAUCGUACAUACCUACUUCACCCGGUUAGUCUAGGAGUUCUAUUCUAUGCUUUAGGAGGACUACCCUUUUUGGUUUGGGGAACGGGUGUGAGGACAGUAAUCGGUUACCACUUGACUUUUUCAGUAAAUUCGGUUUGUCACAUAUGGGGAAAGCGAGUGUGGGAUACCGGUGAUUUGUCUAGAAACAACUGGUUGUUGGCAUUGCCUACACUUGGAGAAGGGUGGCACAAUAACCACCACUCCUUCGAUUACUCAGCUCGACUGGGCCUCGAGUGGUGGCAGAUUGAUUUGACAUGGUACUUCAUCAGAAUUCUUCAAGUUGCUGGAUUGGCAACCGAUGUGAAAACCCCAACUGAGUCCCAGAAGAAACGCAAGCCUUUGUACAACAAAACUAAUGAGCAAAAGUUUUAA